CUGGAGCUCUUCGCGUUUAUCCGCUGCUAAGAGCACAGCGCAGUUCAGCCGUCCCCUCAAUUGACGCGUCGAUCGUUCCUUGCGAGCUCAAUCGUUCGUUAUUGUCCCCGAGCUAUUGUCAUUUGGUGUAAACAGAGUAUAAGGUGUAUAAAACAAAAAUGCCGUACUAUAACGAUGUCCCAUACUAUUACGGUGGAGGAGCUUACGCUAAUCACAGCUCACUAAUGACAGGCACGGCACGAACGCCCUUUCACACACCGCUGUCACGUUUCUCACCACAUUUGUCGACGAUUUCGGAAUCUCCGCUCAGUCAUCUGCAUCGUUUCUCGCCGAUCUCACUGAGAUCGGCGAGAAGAGUGAUCGACACGGCGGACAUCGAUGUCUCUUCGCCAAGGAUACUCUCGCAUGACAGACAUCUCCCUAGAAAUCGGCUGCGCCGCGAUCGGCCGACCAUUAAGAUUAGAUCGCAGGCUUUGAAAGACAAUCCGACAUUACGCGACCACAUUGAGAGACACGAGAAGUCGGUGGGCGAGCUUCUAAUGGAGAAGUUCUUUAUUAAGGACAAGAGGUCGGACGGUGACGGAGGCCAACAGGGAAUACGUUUGUAUCAUCAGAUCAAUUUAGAUCGUUUGGAGGAUCCUCAGGAGCGAGAUGCUACGCAGAAUCGAAUCACCCGCAGAUUCACGCGGCGCAGGUCUUCCGCUGACUUGCAGAUGGAUCCCGAGCAGAUACAACGGGAGGCUGCGUACGCGCAAGUACAGGCGAAGGUCUUAGACAGUCUCGUGGCUGAGGAGCAGGCGCAGAUCGAAGACGAGGCGCGUCGAGGUACUUUGAUACUCAGGAAGGGCACGACAGCGAGAGGGCCGAUCAUCGAGCGUUCCUAUUACGUGAACAACGAUUCCGACACGAUGACACAGGAGGAGGAGGAAGCGGCUGCGGCAAAGAUCAGGAAAGCCAUGAAGAAGACGAAAAAGAAAAAAAGACCGUCUGUCGAUAAAUCACCGUCGACCGAGAAGAUUGAUAACAGGCGGUCAAGCACUUCUAGUGAACUUUCCACCGACUCGCAGAUUAAGGAAAAUGAUGAGUCACGACCGCAGAUGUACAAGAUCGAGGCCUGUAACAGUGCCGGGGAUUUCUCCACGAUCUGGGUAAACACGAAUUCUGAGAAUGAUAGGCGCAAAUCGGCGGUCGAGCAGUUCAAAGAAAACGUGAAGCUGUCCGUUCCCAGGAGACUUGGAAAUGGGACGGAUGCUUCCUCAAACGAUACGGACGAAGCGGAGACGCAAGUCGUGUUAGCGGUACGUAAACCUUACGUUAAGGAUUCGUCUAGAAAUAGCGUGUAUCUGACAAUGAGAAAACCUACGGAGAAACUUAGCGAGAAGCUCGAUGAAGUCAACAAACUUAACGUGAAAGUCGAUGAGGAUCAAUUAACGAAUGGCUUUGUUGACGUCAAAAAUAAUAACCUUGGACGCAAUAUGGUGAAAGGUCCGACAGAUGAAAAUUCGGCGGAGUCAAAUUGCAAGGUUCAAACGGCAGGUGAUGUUAAUAAAGACAUUAAAGCGUUAAGAAAGUCGGUGUGUAAGUCAAAAAAGACGGAAUCCUUGGUUAAGAAAAAUGUUCAUUCCAUACCGAACGACGACUUGUGGGAUAAACAAGAACCCGUCUCAGCAACGAAGAGCGAUACGCGAGAAACUGUUAGCGGAGACCCAUUCUUGAAGAAAACCGAGACGGCUGAAGAUCUCGUACAUUUGAACGUUUCAACUGUUGUUUCGAACAUAUCGAAAAACGACUCACAAACGGAAUGUCUUCCAGGAGUAUCCGAAGACAUUUUCACCACGGACAUGAAGAAUAACGACAGUCAAGAGGCCCACAAAGUGCUUGAUGCUACAGAGAAGAUACUUGAACAUCUAGAAGCCGAUUUGACUAUCGAAACACCGGAAGAUCUUGCCGUAAAAAAUUCUGUCAUUUCCGUCGGAAGGGAUAAACUCGUGGCGGAAGAGGACAGGCCAGAGAUCUUGGCGUUGCCGCACGACGAGGGUACGAUGAGGCGAAGCGUAGUCGAGACCGAAGCUAGCGACAAUGUUGGUAAAACCAGAGCCAGCGGUGCGACGCUUACGACAAAUAGCGCGACCUGUCGUCUGCCAAAACUGUCUAAAAUUAAUACGGAUAGAAAUAAUGCCGUAGAAGCGCCAAAGCUUUCGUUACGAGGGACCGCAGAGUAUCUGGCGGACUCGCCGAAAAGUGACCAGGACGUCGUCGGGGCCGCGUUGCCGGAAAAGAAGGUGAACAAAACGUCGAACUUGGCGCAAGUUUCCUCUUUUAGUACCUCGGAGAGAACCAGCGGCGUAGACGCGGAUAAACCGGUUUUUAGAAUCAACGCGAUUCAACACGAUGACGCAGUCAAGUUGGAAGCGCAAGAGAUGACCUUGCACAAGGAAACAAACGACAAAGUGCGUAGCAAUGAAUAUUUUAAGGAGGCGAAAUUAGCGACGGAUGUUAAGCCAACAAAAGAUAUCGGUCUGACGAAAACAUUGAAAGGUAACGCGGAAAAGACUGACGGAAAUGUGCUAUUCUUAAAAACGAAUGAUUCAUCGAAGAUCGGAGCGAAGGUAAACGUCGCCGAGGCAACAGUUGAUGCGUCAAAAGAGGCAGAACUAUUGAAGACUGAUACGAUUAAAAAGAUUAAUCGUAUCGAUGUAGGAAAGGAUAUCUCGAGAGAUUUGUUCAGUCCUAAGAGCAAUGUGCCGAAGCUUAACAGCACAGAUUUGAAAUUUCGCUUCAAAUCGGAGACGCUUUUGAAAAACGAUGCAAACGAGAGCAACGUUGCGAUCUCGUCGAAGAUUGAAAAGGAUUCGGGCGCAUUUAAAACAAUGAAAAUCGGAAACGGCAAAUCAUUUUUUCACAACGAUACCAACGACGAAGCGAGAGCCUUGAAAAAAAGUAUUUCCGUUGACUCUUCGAAAUUGACGAACGAUUGUUCGUUGAAUAAAAUUCCCAAAGUUUUCCAACAAUCCAUGUCUAUUGAUGAAAAAGUCACGGACAAAGGUGUAUCUGUUAAGAAGACAUCAGAGCCGACGAAGUCUCUGAACAAAGUAACAGAAAAGAAACUAAUGAUGCACGACGCAAGCUGCGACCUUCAGGACGAAAAUAUAGUGUUAUCAAGAAGUGCUUCUACCGAGUCCAUUGAUUUUUGGAGCGAGAUCAAAGCACCGAGUAGUCCCGAAGCAGCGAGACCGAAGCAGCUGCAUGGAUUUUCUUCUCGUGAGGCAACGAUUCUUUCUCCAAUUUCCAAAGCUGAGGCAAAAAUAAACUCGAUAAAUUCGAAAUGGAAAGAUAACAAAAAAGAAUAUGAGAUCGACGUUAAAAUGAGCAUCGUAGGGCACGAAAAUUCAGAUCCAGUCAGAUCCAGUAACGUAGUCCUUGAAGAGGAGAAAGAAAAAAUUAUUUUAGGAUCUUUAAGUGCGAAAGAAGCGGACAUUGCGAAACCUGCAAAAGCAAUGGAAAUCAAGGAAAGCGUAGCGAAGACACCGCCGAAAAAGAAGAGAAACAUCUCUGUAGCAAUUGACAAUAAGGACACAACCUCGACCAUAAAACAAGCUUCGUUGGAGCGCAACGAUUCCGCUACUUCAGCAACUUCCGUGACUACUCCAGUCGAGGUUGCCAUACCGGUGAUAAAAAUAAUCGAAGCACCCAAGUUGCUCGAAGAGCCUGAUAAUCGGAAGGUCGAUGAGGAACACGAGGAUCCCAGCACUCCGACAAACGAACUGUCGCCCGAUAUCUCUUUGGUUAGGAAGAUCUCGAGGUGGAGCAAUCAGGACGAUUUGACGAACACCGACGACGUGGCAACUCCGCUCGCGUCAGAGGAGACCAGUCUGGCCGCCAGUCCUAGUAUCAGUCCACCGUCCUCCAAGACAAAGCGUGUGAUCAAAAAGAAGAAAGCAUCGACCAAGAAAACACCGUCGGAAAAGAAGGAGAGGGGACCAAAGGAGAGUCGUGGCAAUGAAUUAACAACGACGACGAGUCAACAGAAUACGCUUACAGCCCAACUCGUUCCUGAGAAGCAACAUCCAGCAAAGCUUUCUCAAAAAACGUCUCCCAAGACUAGCCCAAAGAAUACACCCUUGCAACGCCCACUCGAUCUCAUAAAGAUUUUCUACACAACGCCAUCCGCAUUGCUCACGGCUACGCCGCGGGAUCUCUCCAAGGUCAGAAGGGCGAAGAUUAAGAGAAGACGGCAUCAUUCGCGCACACCGUCUAUCAGUAGCGACAGCACCGGAAGUACGACGAGCACCGCUACGACAGGGAGUACGGACGAGAACGGCUCGACCCGCGUCGAGCUGGACGAGGAUUCUGAACAUAAGAGAAUGAAUUCAACGAGGAGCAACGAUUCCGGAUUCGAUGGUUCACCGAGAAUCUCGAAUUGUGACAUGGCUUGCCACAAGAAAUGCGAAAAACUGACAGGAAACCUAUGUGGAUUGAAUCAGAAGCUAGUCGCCGAAGCAUUGCAAGCUCUGAAGAGAACACCAUCACAGUCGUCGGACAGUCAGAGUCGGAACUCGGAUUCUUCGGAUCAUUUUCCGAGUGGUCGAAUAACUCCACCGGCGACAAAUCUACCCAGAUUCAAGAAAUAUAUGGUGACAGAUUUUAAUUUUCUCAAAGUUUUGGGUAAAGGCAGUUUCGGUAAAGUAUUGCUGGCAGAGUUACGCGGCACUGAAUGCUUGUACGCCGUAAAAUGUUUGAAAAAAGACGUCGUUCUCGAGGAUGACGAUGUCGAGUGCACAUUAAUCGAGAGGAAAGUCCUCACGUUGGCGACAAGGCAUCCGUAUCUUUGUCACCUGUUUUGCACCUUCCAAACCGACUCACAUCUCUUCUUUGUUAUGGAAUACCUGAAUGGGGGUGAUCUAAUGUUCCACAUACAGAAAUCUGGCCGAUUCCCCGAGACACGAGCGCGUUUUUACGCCGCUGAGAUUUGGUCUGGAUUGAACUUCCUGCACAAGAAGGGUAUCGUCUACCGAGACCUCAAACUUGACAAUGUAUUACUCGACUUUGAAGGCCACAUUAGAAUCGCGGACUUCGGCAUGUGUAAACUUCAGAUCUUCUUGGAUAGAACGGCCGACACAUUCUGCGGUACGCCAGAUUAUAUGGCACCAGAGAUAAUAAAAGGACUUAAGUACAAUCAGGCUGUAGAUUGGUGGUCGUAUGGCGUUCUGCUGUAUGAGAUGUUAACUGGUCAAUCGCCGUUUUCUGGAUGUGACGAGGACGAGUUGUUUUGGAGUAUUUGCAACGAACGGCCGUUCAUACCUCGAUAUCUGAGUCAAGAGGCUACUGAUAUACUCAUCUGUUUGUUGGAGAAGGAUUCUGGGAAGCGGCUACCUGCUCACGAAAUAGCUGUGCAUGCUUUCUUUCAGCAUUUGCCUUGGGAUCGAUUGGAGAGAAGACAAUUGGAACCACCGUUUAAGCCUGCGCUUGACCACACCUUAGACACGAAGUACUUCGACACAGCAUUCACAACUGAACGUCCGAGGCUUACGCCAGUGCCUGAGCAGAUUUUGACUUCGAUGGAUCAAGGUGUUUUUCGCGGAUUCUCUUAUACCAAUCCAAAUGCGACCGAUUGAUAUGUGACAACUGAAUGAACGUGUAAUGUUUCUGACGGAACAGUAUCCGUCGUUUCUAACGUUUUUGUGCCAUAUAAUACAGAAGAGAACGUAUCUUGUUGGCUUGUAUAAAAGUAAUUAUUGUUUUAUAUAUUUAAAACGAGCGACGUUACUAUACAAAGUCAACAUAAUACGCAUAAAUCACAUCUUAAGAAUACUCGUAUGAACUACAAAGUAGAAAUUGCACGCGAUAUGUAAUGUUUCUUGCCUCAACAUGUAAUGAGAUGUAAUAUUACGUUCUAGGAAAUGUGUAAACACACACACACACAUAUAUUCACAAACAAAAUUUUCUAUAUUAUAUACAGGGUGUCCCGAAAUUCGUGAAUUAAAAUAGCAUAGCAACAAAGUUGUCGAAAAAGUAAAUUAAGAAAGUAUUGUCAUUUUUCGUUUCAAGCAGUAUUUUUUAAAUAAAUAAGUUUAAUUGAAUUACUUAAUCUAAAAAAUACCGCUCAAAGCGAAAACUGGCAAAUGCUUUCUUAAUUUAUUUUUUCGAUAACGUUCUUGCUAUGGUAUUUUGAUUCACGAAUUUCUGGACACCCAGUAUAUGUGUGCAUAUACAGGGUGAGUCACAACAUUUCUGCCAGAACUCGUGAGAAGAUAGAACGGAUCGAGAUGAACAGAAAAGUCCUGUACCAUUUGCAAUUUUCGCAAUAGUU